AUGGGAGUGAGGACAUUUUCUAGUUCAUUAUAUUGUUUCUCUGAGCCAGCUUGUUGAAUGGGUCUCUGUAGCAGUGUUCCUAUUUCCCUGUGCAUGCCUUUCACCUUCCCUGUAGCGUGUAUGCUCUCUCUCCUAUUUCAACUUUAGAAUUGUCUAAAGUAAUUGGCAAGACUCCUUUUGUGGUUUGUGCCAUGUUUCAUUAAAAUGUGCCAACUUAUUCCUUUGGACCCACUGUCUGUGCUAUUGCGUGUGUGUGCCUUUGGCAAAGACAGGUUGUUGCUCUCUUUCCGAGGACGCAACCACACUGUAGCUGGACUAGAGAAGAGGUUAGGUUGGGUGGAAGUGCAGUCUCAGAUGUGUGUGUCAGUCAGUGCUAAGGUUGGUUGAUUCAGAAUGCUCAGUUGUUAUUUUCAUACCUUUACUCUACCUCCAGUGCCUUUCAUGAAGUCAAUCACAGUGUGAUGGUUUCAAUCCUGGCUUAAGUGUGGUAUUGUUAAUGUCAAAGAGGCGCUCCGCUCAGUUUUGAUCAAAAUGUUGCUGCCUUUCUUCAUUUGUUUCCUCAGUGACCUCUGAGUAAGGUUCAGAGUUCAGAGGUCAAUCAUUCUUGCCUCUGAGUAGAAGACAGGGAUCAUAAUCCAUCCCUGCCCCAUCCGUUUCUCUGUCUGUCCCUCCAUGACUCAUCCUCCUGUUUCUUUAUCUCCUGUGUCUGUGUUUCAAGCAGAGAGACGACGUCUAGAUUAUGGAUUUACACUUUGAUUUUAUCACAUGUUAGGAAAGGGAGACUAAUUCAAGUAGCGCUACAGUGGAUGACAUAAAGUUAAAGAUCUGCUCAAUGAAUACAAUACACUGAUAGAUACUGUCUUUCUUUUUUAGCUCUCUCUCUCUCUACCUCACUAUCGCUCUCUUUUCUCGAUCUCUCUCUGUUCUCUCCUUGCCGUACUCUUUCUAUCUCUACCUCACUAUCUACCGCUUCUCUCUCUCUUUCCUCCCUUUCUCUCUCUCCUACCUCUCUCUCUCUCUCCUCCCUCCCCCUCUUUCUUUCAUUCUCUCUUCUCUGCAGGCUGUUGAUGGAGAGGCUUUCGAAUGACAGCCGGGACAGUGGUCAUCACAGGCGGUAUUUUAGCUACAGUUAUCUUACUGUGCAUCAUCGCAGUACUGUGUUACUGUAGACUGCAGGUAAGACCUUCUCAUGACCCUCUCUCUGUAUAUAGUGUAAAUCUGACCUGAGAGAAGACUGGCUUCUUUAAUAAGCUGUUGCUUGUGUCUUGAAAAUCAUCAGUAAAACUGAAAUCCAACAACAAAAAGUCAAGGCACUGGGGCGGCGCACAAUUGGCCCAGCGUCGUCCAGGGUAGGGGAGGGAAUGGCCGGUAGGGAUGUGGCUCAGUUGGUAGAGCAUGGCGUUUGCAACGCCAGGGUUGUGGGUUCGAUUCCCACGGAGGGCCAGUAUGAAAAAAAAUAAUUAAAAAAAUAAUGAAUGCACUAAGAGCGUCUGCUAAAUGACUAAAAUGUAAAUGUAAAUGUAAAUGAAAAGCCCCUAUUAAGCCACUCUCAGGCCCCUCUCAAACCCCUCGUAAACCCCUCUCAAGCCCCUGUCAAACCCUUUCAGACCCCUCUCAAGCCCCUCUUAGGCCCCUCUCAAGCCCCUCUCAGGCCCCUCUCAAACCCCUCUCAGGCCCCUCUCAAGCCCCUCUCAGGCCCCUCUCAAACCCCUCUCAAACCCCUCUCAGCCCUCUUCAGGCCCCUCUCAAACCCCUCUCAAUAACUAUCUUCAUUGUGGUCAGAUCAUGUACUGUCACUGAACUGUCAGUACACAAUAAACAUCAAGCUCCCUCUAUCCCUCUGUCCAAGACCUCUGACUGAGAGCUUUAGUAAGAUGUGGCAUGUAUCUUGAACAUCAUCAGUAAAACUGAAAGCUGACAACAGAAAGACAUGACACUCCAUCUGAUUCAAUCUAAAUCUGAAAAAAACUUUAUUUAGUUUUGACAUCAGGAUGUGCCUCUCGGGACUGCUCCUCUCUUCGUCGAGGUCAGGCUAUGUGGUACAGAAAGAUCCAAUGUCACGAUAAUCACAACCUGUGUGUGUUCAAGCUACAAGUUGAAUUAUUUUAGGGCACUUUAUGUUGGUAAUGUUUCUUUAUGUGUUUGUUUAUUUGGAUCCCCACUAGCUUUUGCAGAAGCUGCAGCUAUUCUUCCUGGAGUCCACAAAAAACACAAAACAUGAGAAGUAACAAAACACUGAUACACUGAUAGACAAGAACAGUCACACAAAUUUAAAAUACAACGAUAUACAAACAAGACAACAAAAUAAGAAAAACUGUGUUAAGAGUGUGUCUGUGUCCCCUCAUGACUUGUUGUUUAAUCCGUUUUUUAAAGGUAAUUUAGCUAUUUGCUUGAGUAAUUGGAGAUGUUGAGUAAUUGGGUGUUCCAUGACCAGAGCCUGAUCAACUAUCACGAGGACUUUCCAACGGUAUUUCUAUUAGGUGUUGCUGAAAGCGUUUCUCAGAUCACUCAGAACUCUCUUACUAGACAUGACGUGUUGGUCCAGCAGGGUUCUUUGGUUCUGGGAUGUCUGAUUUGUGCUCAUCAAACCGUCAGUGUGUAGAUAGAACUAGGUAGGGUAGAUCGGGGUGAGUUGAGACACUUUUUCCAUUACAAUGUAUUACCAUAAGACUGUAAGUGGGUCAGAAAGAGAUGACAUUUAAUUAACUAACCAUCCAUUCCUAUUCUAUUCAGCUAAAAGACAGACAGCCAGCUCCUUUUCUCAGAAUCGCGUAGGAUUAAUUGUACAAAUACUUGGGUUCAUCUCUCAUCUCUUUCUCUCAGGCACGCUCUCUUUGCCAGCCUCAGAUUUAUCUCAGUGUAAUGUUUUGUAACAGCUCAAUGUAAUGUUUUAUAAUAGCUGACCAAAUGUCAAUGUGUGCCACACGAGACGGUUUUAAACACAGUGUAGAUUUAGAACGGGCCUGCCAUGUCAGUCAAGAAAUGUAGCUGUAUAUUUUAAGUGAUAGUUGCUGUUUGGGUCAUCUUCUUAAUGUUUCGUUGUCAGCUUUACAUUGAAUAUCAAUUAUUGUAUCACUUCAUGUAGGCAAUGGACUUUCCAAAAGAGCCAUUCAAGUCUUUGAAUUAUUUGACAGUUGUGUUUUGAACCAGGUCUGUCACAGAUCAAAUAUACCUAGAACAUUUCUUAUUGUCAAGGAUAUGCUGUGAUUAUUAAAGCUCUCUCUCCUUGUGUCUUUUCUCCCGGACAGUAUUAUUGCUGUAAGAAGGAGGAGUUGGAGUCGGAGGAGGAGGAGCCCGACUUCGCGGUGACGUCCCGCCUCCCGCCAGUCCACUCCAACCAUAACAUCGUGGCAGCGGCGGUCGCCGCCUCCACCCCUAACGGCCCCACCCUCUUCACACCGCCUUCAGCGCGGAAACUGACGCGUUCGCAGACAUUCUGCCCGUCGUGCACACACCAUGAGCUGCCCUUCUACCUGCAGCACCCGGACGGCCAUCGGAACGGCGGUGACCGUAUCAGCUACCGUAGCAUCCAACAGCACGACCUGGAACUGCCCUUAGAAAUGCCCAACUACCACAAACUGAACCUGACCCGGUCAGUCACCAUGAGGGACAUGUUCAACCGCAGCUGCAGCAUCAGCACUGACGUCUAGUGGAAUCGGCGCCACCUCAUGGCAUGGAGGACUUAUGGAUACGGAUAGAUAAAUAGAAUGGGGACAGAUAGUGGGACUGCAGCUCGACAACUACUGCUCCCAUGUCCCUCGGUCUUAUGCUCAGUUAUAACCACACAUUAACUGGAGAAAAGAUAAGCAUCAAACAAAAUCUAUCCUCUCCUCAUUCUGCUUGGUCUGUGGUGAGUAGGAUGUUGACCCUACUCUGUCUGGACUCGUAUUGGAUUACCCUAAACCACCCUCCAGUCUAACUAAACCACCCUCGGGUCUAACUAAAUUACCCUCCGGUCUAACGAAGUCCACCCUCCGGUCUAACUAAACCACCCUCCGGUCUAAACAAAAUCACCCUCCGGUUGAAUUCCACCACAUCAACUGUACCGUUGAAUAACAAAUAACAGACUUUCUGUAGUUGCUGCUAAAGAAACCAAGAAACCAUGGUGAUAAGGAUAAGGGCUAUGGAGGCUCCUCCCACUACUGCCACUCUCCACCAAUCCCCAGCCUUAUCACCAGAAAGGGAACGGAGCAGAUCAUAUCCCAAGUUAUGGUCCAAGUUAUAGAGUAUGCCAUCCAUCACAUCAUGGUUUGGAAGUGGAGGAGUGAUGGAAGAGAGGGGAACAACAUGUUAUAGGUCAUAAAAACAUAGGAAAUAAAGGGCUUGUGGUGGAUUCCUCUGCUCUGUUUCUACAUGCUAUUUUU